CGGAAGGUGUGAUGACGAUUGUGGCCGGAAGAGGGCAGCACAUGCGCACUUUGUAUCUUCGUGUAGCGCUACUUCCGUAGCGCGUCGGCUAAUUUCCGGAAUGUGUUGUUAAACCUCUGCCUACCGGGAUCGUUGGCGUCCACGUCCCAAACAUCCCCAUGACAAUGUCUCCGCUACUUCUCAGGGCUUUCGUGAACGAGCGGCUGACGAGGGCUGCUGAGGAAAUAUUCCAGGUGUUUGAACGAACAAUAGCAAAGUACGAAGAGGAAGCGUGCAGCUCCAAGCAGGAGAUUGAUCGGCUCAGGGCUCUGCUGCCGGGGCUCGGGUCAAAGCAAAGGGCUGCAGCUGUCGCCUGCUCGCCUGUCUGUACGGGGGAAGCUCUCGGUGAACAGCAGCAGUGUGAACAGGAGCCGAGCCUCAGCGAGCGUCAGGGGGACCCGGAGCCCCGACACAUUAAAGAAGAGGACCGCGAGCUGUGGGCCGCUGAGCAAGAGGACAUAGAGCGGGCGGACGUUGAGGCCGACGCAUUAGGCCCUCCUCAUUCUUUUGUCUGGGAGGAAAACAGGCAGGAGGACGCUAAACCGCUUCUGCCAGCCCCGAAAGAACACUGCGAAUCCCUGCACGGAUCUCAGGAGACGCAGAAAGCCGUAAAGCAGACAGAACAGUUCCCGUUACAUCUCUCCUCAAGCCUGUCUUCUCAUGAUGAAGGCGUGCAAAGUGGAAGGGAGGAUAAAGGAACCGCUGCCGUGUUUAUAUCAGACCAAACACAAAAAGAACCGGGCCGGGCUUCCUCCUUCCCCUGCGCAGAGUCCACAGACUUCUCCGUCCCGAAAGUGGGCCAUUGCUGCCAUUUGUGCAGCAAGUCCUUCUCCUCCAGCCACCGCUUGAUAAAUCACGCCUUCCGCUUUCACUCCAAGGACGCCGGCGUCACGUGCGCGGUGUGUGGGGGCGCCUUCGAGUCCACGGAGAGCCUGGACGCGCACCUCGGCUCCCACAAGAUCUCCAAGUGUUGCCACGUGUGCGGCAAGCACUGCACCAGCACCACCGCCCUGACCGAGCACAUGGCCGGCCACGCCGGCGUCAAGCUGCACCGCUGCCCCGUCUGCGGCAAAGAGUGCAGCCGCAAGGGAGACCUGAAGAUCCACAUGCGGAUCCACACAGGCGAGAAGCCCUUCUGCUGCUCCUUCUGCUGCAAAGGCUUCACCCACAGCGGGCACCUGAGGAAGCACAUGCGGAGCCACACGGGGGAGCGGCCGCACCGCUGCCAGCUCUGCGGCCGGGGCUUCCUGCAGAGCACCCACCUCAAGUACCACUUAGGAACUCACGCCCAGAAACGCUGACAGCCCCGCGCAAAGUAGGGAACGUGGGCGUUCGCCAUCCCACGUGGUGCAAUAACUUACCUCGUCGAUCACCGGCCAGCGUCACACCUCAAAAGGAUGCAAUUUAUUUCUAAAUUGAAAAAAAAGAUGUAGGGAAUUGCUGGUCUGGAUAUACAACGUAAUCAUAUCUGGAUUCUCCAACUGGUGUCUCUGCAAGUCUUUUCAAGUCCUUUUCAGUUCUUAUUUUUUAAGUCUAUCCUUUGAGGAAACAGAGUAUUUUUACUUCUAUCUUUCAAAUUAGGAAAUAUCCCCUUCAACUCGUCUGUUAACAUUAAUAAACAGAAAAGUAAUUACAGAUUUGACGUUGCACAAUUUGAACCAAAUAAUUAAACAACUUGAAGUG